AUGGCUACACCCUCCACCCCUCCAAUCGCUCCUUCUCCCAGCUCAGACUCAUCUUCCGAGUCGUACAUCGAGGACCUUUCAUUCGACUACGUUUGCGGUGAAGACGGAAUCAUUGUUCGCACUUCGAAGAAUCGGGAGUCGUCCAGCUCAGCCACUUCGGAGGAACGGUCUCUGCUCGACAUCCAUCUAAAACCCCCGUCUCCCAUCCCGUCCCGCCGCUCCAGCCUUUCGAGGAGCGAAAGUUAUACCGCGGGCACCAGCCAACCACCCCCUCAACGCUCAUUCCAACGUGUGGCAUCUACUCCCGCAAGCACAGCGCUCACUCCUGGUCAUGCCACCUCGUUACGGGCCAUGCGGCCCCUUGCCAGACGCGUGCCCAUCGACAGCCGCGAUAUAGACAAAGAGCGUUUCACCGAGCUCACACUCGAGGAGAAAGAGAAUGUUGGAACCCAUGGCAGUCGACCAAACUCUUACCCCCUUCCCGACGACGAUUUCCCCCGCUCUUCCGCCACAAUAACUCCCGGCCAACCAUCUACGAGGUCACAGGGUCCAACGCGUUUGGUUGUUCCCAUUCGCAAUCGAACAGACGCCUAUUCUACUUCAGCAGCUCGUUCACAACAAGCUACAACUCAACGCACAGUCGCCUCAAGUCAAAGAGCGGCUCAGCGACUGCCUGCCUCGCGUCCGGCCGCUGUCACCUUUGGCAAGAUAGAGACGUUUGAAGCACCGGCCGCUGAGGAAACCGACCUUGAAGACGAGGCUGCCCAGGCGUACGAACUUCCUCGCGACAGUCAAGCUCUAUCUCGGUCCCGUUCACAUGGCUCUGCUUCGCUGGGAAGCUCGACGGGAUCCCGGCCAAGACGGUCGGCUAGUCUCAGCGAUGCUCUCGCCAACGAUGAAGGUUACCAGCAUUAUCAAGCGUCAGCUCAUCCCUCUACCUCACGUCCGACGACCAGUUUGGGCUUCUCGAGCGCAGAAGGUGGUAGCAGCGGUCCCAGGAGGGUGCUUAUUGAAGAUCAUAAGCGUUAUCGUGCAGAAUCCGAAGAGCCUGAUCGGCGGUACGAUGAACAAACGCAUCAACAAUCUCCUUCCCCGACCCACGACCCUCAGACAUAUUCUCGCCCAUCAUACGGUGUUCACAGGCGGCGUGACUCAGAUACUUUGCGCUCUGCGGCUCCUCACCCUUCAGGCAAUUCUCCAUCCACUGCGAAUCCUCCUGCUGCAAGACUUUCCCCUUCGGCACGUGCGAUGCAAAUUUCAGCAUCAUCAUCCUCAAUUACAGCUGCCAAACAUCGUCGGAGCGGGACAGCGCCAGAGCCAUCGACCACCAGCGGGACAACACUUGUGCCCACUACCACGCAGACCCUUGUCGCCCGGACGUGGACUGCGGAGCAGGACAGCCCGGACUGGGAUGGUCAGAAGGAACGUGACUAUGCUCGCGACAAGGAGCGAGGGCGUUCACAACAGGCGGCACAAGCCCAGUACCAAACCCAGCAGCAACAAAUUCAGCAACAACAACAAAUCCAGCAACAGCAGCAAAUGCAACAACAAAUGUACCAAAUGCCCAUGCAGCAGCAGCAGCAGCAACGUGGUUCAUUCAUGGUCAACAAAAAGAUCUAUCAGCGACUAGAUAUGAUUGGCAAAGGCGGCACAUCCCGGGUUUUCCGGGUGCUCAACCAAACUGCGAGCGACAUAUACGCCAUUAAACGUGUGUCUUUGGACAGGACGGACGCAGAGACUCUCAAUGGAUACAUGAACGAGAUCGCUCUGUUGAAGCGUCUCGAAGGAAACAGCCGCAUUAUCCGCCUCAUCGACUCUGAAGUGAAGGCUGGCCCUGGAGGCGGUAAAGGCCAUCUGUUUCUGGUCAUGGAAUGUGGCGAAACCGAUUUUGCGCGGCUUAUUAGUGAGCAGCUGAAGGAGCCGCUCAACAUGGUAUGGGUCGCCUACUACUGGCAGCAGAUGCUCCAAGCCGUUGAUAUUAUCCACGAGGAGAAGAUCGUACACUCUGACUUGAAACCGGCCAACUUCGUCUUGGUGAAAGGCCAGCUGAAGCUCAUUGACUUUGGGAUAGCGAAUGCUAUUGCAAACGACACCACCAAUAUUCAGCGCGACCAUCAGAUUGGGACAGUCAACUACAUGAGCCCUGAAGCGAUAGAGCUUCCGGAGGGCAUGCGACGUCUCAAAGUUGGAAGGUCAAGCGAUGUUUGGUCUCUGGGCUGCAUCCUCUACCAAAUGAUAUACGGCCAUCCCCCAUUCCAACACCUGACCGUCUACCAAAAGAUGAAAGCCAUACCAAACGACGACUACGCGAUCACGUUUCCCGAAUACACCGCCCCCAUUCUGCCUGGUCAGAUGAAACAGUCAUCCUCGCCGUCUAGUGGCACAACACCUCCAAAGAGAGCGGAACAUCUCAAGAAACGGGUCAGCCGGGCUGUUAUUGAGAGCAUGAAGGAGUGCUUGAAGAGGAAUCCCAAAGAGAGAUCGUUAAUUCCGGAACUUCUGGCCCACGAUUGGCUGGACAUGAGGGAACACCUCGUUGAACCACCUCCAACCCCGCCUCCUCCACCAACCCCACCGCCACCGCCACCACCGCCGCCCCCAGCCCUUAAAGACAACGAGACGAUUAUAACGCCCCACUACAUGGCUCAAUUGUUACAAUACGGUAUUGGCUUAGGUCAGAAGAGCGAGGGAGAAGCUCCUGACGUUAGCUUCCCUGCGCUCUUGAAAGAAGCCGAGCGUCUAAUUGUGGAACUAAAAACCGUUCAAGAACAGCCUUGA